AAACACCUUUGCCAUAUUGUCUCUGAGCUGUCAGGGGACUCAGGCUUAUGAGGAGGUACUGUCACACAAAACAGUGUCUAGUGAAGACGACAAGAAAGUGGGGAAAGGACUGGAAAAAGAAGCUAAAACACUAUAGGAAACCAUGAGAUCUAUUAGAUCUUUUGCCAAUGAUGAUCGCCAUGUAAUGGUGAAACAUUCAACAAUCUAUCCAUCUCCAGAGGAACUUGAAGCUGUUCAGAAUAUGGUGUCUACUGUUGAAUGUGCUCUGAAACAUGUCUCAGAUUGGCUUGAUGAAACAAAUAAAGGCACAAAAGCAGAGGGUGAGACAGAAGUGAAGAAGGAUGAGGCCGUAGACACCUAUUCCAAGGAUCAAGGUGGUCGGACAUUGUGUGGUGUAAUGAGGAUUGGCCUGGUUGCAAAAGGCUUGCUGAUUAAAGAUGAUAUGGACUUGGAGCUGGUUUUAAUGUGCAAAGACAAACCCACAGAGACCCUGUUAAAUACAGUCAAAGAUAAUCUUCCUAUUCAGAUACAGAAACUCACAGAAGAGAAAUAUGAAGUGGAACAAUGUGUAGAUGAGGCUUCUAUUAUAAUUCGGAAUACAAAAGAGCCCACGCUAACUUUGAAGGUGAUACUUACUUCCCCGCUAAUUAGGGACGAAUUGGAGAAGAAGGAUGGAGAAAAGGUUGCGAUGAAAGAUCCUCCGGACUUACUGGACAGGCAGAAAUGCCUGGACGCCUUGGCGUCUCUUCGACAUGCCAAAUGGUUUCAGGCAAGGGCAAACGGAUUAAAAUCAUGUGUAAUUGUCCUCCGCAUUCUGCGUGAUUUGUGCAACAGAGUUCCCACAUGGGCACCAUUAAAAGGAUGGCCACUAGAGCUUAUAUGUGAAAAGUCUAUAGGUACUUGUAAUAGACCUUUGGGCGCUGGGGAGGCCUUGAGACGAGUAAUGGAGUGUUUGGCAUCUGGAAUACUACUUCCUGGUGGUCCUGGUCUUCAUGAUCCUUGUGAGCGAGACCCAACAGAUGCUUUGAGCUAUAUGACCAUCCAGCAAAAGGAAGAUAUUACCCACAGUGCACAGCAUGCACUCAGACUAUCAGCCUUUGGCCAGAUUUAUAAAGUGCUGGAGAUGGACCCCCUUCCAUCUAGUAAACCUUUUCAGAAAUAUUCCUGGUCAGUUACUGAUAAAGAAGGUGCUGGGUCUUCAGCUCUGAAGAGGCCAUUUGAAGAUGGAUUAGGGGAUGAUAAAGAUCCCAAUAAGAAGAUGAAACGAAACUUAAGGAAAAUUCUGGAUAGUAAAGCAAUAGACCUUAUGAAUGCACUAAUGAGGCUAAAUCAGAUCAGGCCUGGGCUUCAAUAUAAGCUCUUAUCUCAGUCUGGCCCUGUCCAUGCCCCAGUCUUCACAAUGUCUGUAGAUGUGGAUGGUACAACGUAUGAAGCCUCAGGGCCAUCCAAGAAAACAGCAAAACUUCAUGUAGCAGUGAAGGUAUUACAAGCAAUGGGAUACCCAACGGGCUUUGAUGCAGAUAUUGAAUGUAUGAGUUCCGAUGAAAAGUCAGACAAUGAAGGCAAAAAUGAAACAGUGUCUUCAAACUCAAGCAAUAAUACUGGAAAUUCUACAACUGAAACCUCCAGUACCUUAGAGGUAAGAACUCAGGGCCCUAUCCUCACAGCAAGUGGCAAAAAUCCUGUAAUGGAGCUCAAUGAAAAAAGAAGAGGUCUUAAGUAUGAACUCAUCUCGGAGACUGGUGGAAGCCAUGACAAACGCUUUGUAAUGGAGGUAGAAGUAGAUGGACAGAAAUUCAGAGGUGCAGGUCCAAAUAAGAAAGUGGCAAAGGCAAGUGCAGCUUUAGCUGCCCUGGAGAAGCUGUUUUCUGGACCCAAUGCAGCAAAUAAUAAGAAAAAGAAGAUUAUCCCUCAGGCAAAGGGUGUUGUGAAUACAGCUGUGUCUGCAGCGGUCCAAGCUGUUCGGGGCAGAGGAAGAGGAACUCUAACGAGGGGAGCUUUUGUUGGGGCUACAGCUGCUCCUGGCUACAUAGCUCCAGGCUACGGAGCACCGUAUGGUUACAGCACCGCUGCCCCUGCCUAUGGUUAAUACUUUUAAGCAGUUUUCAGCACGUUUAUCUCACUUUAUUCUCGUUCUCCUCGGACCUUCGUAGCCAUAUCACUUGUAUAAAAUAGGCUGAGAUCUAGUGACUGUAAGCUGUGGUCUCAGUAAACAAAGGUAAGCUCUUUUAUUUUCUGAUUAAAGAGAAAAAGUCAAUGAACACAACGUGCAUAUAUGACAAUCAUACAGGAUGUAUUUGAUCUCUUAGGUCUUAUGUCAUCAUGAUUACCUUUAAAAUUUUUAUGAUCUAAAUGUAAAAUAGUUAUUUUCAGCAUUUGUUUUAAUACCCUUGUAAUUACUUUUUAUUCAAGAGAGACAUUUCACUUUUACGAGUUAAAUGUGUAUAUGUGUGUAGAAACUUAUGAUAUAACAUAUAUGUGAAUUACACACACCUGUUUAAGUAAAAGAGUUUGGUGGUGGGAAGAGUCACCUAAGAAGACUUUAACGUCAGGGCACUCUUUGGGCCAAAGUGCUAGAAUUUCAUAAGCAGCAAGAUUGGUAACAAUGCUGGUAGGAUCCAUUUAUAUGUAGCUGUUACACAAGCAGAGGAUCAAAGUGCCAAUUUCUCAAGGAGAGAAAUUUCUCUGAGAAAUGCAAAUCUCUGAUCUGUGUUGUAUGCCCAAUACAACAGCAGUAAGAAGCCAUAAAAAGAAAAAGCAAUAGAAAAUUAAAAAAAAAACAAAACCAAAAUAUUAAGGUAACUAUGGAAAAAUAAUAUGUCAUUGACUGUCAUUAAGCUAACUAUUUGCAGAACCAACUCUGGCAAGACUCAGAAUGGUAAAUACCCAGUCUGCAGAGACCAAAUAGACUUCAGGCAAUUUAUCGAGCUUUUUCCAAGGUCAGGUAGCUAGACGAUUAAUUUCCCACCUUCCUCAACCAUCAUGGAGUUCAUUUACAAGAUGUGAGGGUUAGGCCAAAUAUUUUAAUAAGGAUUUGCUUCAUUUAGUGUGUCCCAUAAGUACAUUUCAUAUGUGAUAGAUGUUCUGUGCUGAGGCCGUAUUUCAUAUAUAUAGAGAUUAAAAUGAAAUUUCAUGUUUUAUGUGUCUCUCAGUAGCGGUUUUCUUUUUAUUACUAACUUUGAAGGUUGCUGGAACAACGUUUCUCCCAUACAGAAUCUGUAUGUACGUCAAACGUGGCUUUGGCACCCAUAAAAGGUUGUAUGAGGCCUAGCUGAUGAGGACUACGUAGGUUCCCGUUCUCAUCCAACAGCCGAGUGUCCGUUAUGUGCCAGAUCCUCCUCCGGGCACUAGCAAAACAGAGGCUCUGCCCAGUGAAAGCAUUUUAAGUCUGAGAGUGUCCUUGUUGGUGAAAUUGGGUUGAUUAUAAAUAUCCUACGUUGGGAGACAGAUGAUGCAUUAGCAGUGUCAAAGGAUAAUGACCUUGAUCAGCAGUUUAUUUAUACAUUAUUUAAUAAUAUAGGCCCUCUGACACCACUGAAAUGGCCAUCAUUUGGAAAUUCACUCAUUUUAAAUAUUUCCCUGGCAGUUUUGAGAGCCUGAAACCAACUCUGUUUUAUGUUCCUGGACCUCUCUCCAAGUAAGUGAAUGCAUUGAAAUGAAAAACAAUUAUUCCAGUCCUUUUUAAGCAGUUUUUAUAGUAUAGCAAAGACCAAAGUGGUUGCUGUAAACACUGACCGCAUUUUUUUGACGACAAGUGAGGGGAGUUUUACCCUUACAAUCAAUCGUUCAUUAUAACUUGCCUGUUUAUUAGAUUUCUUUAAUAACUGCAGUGGAGGUAAAUGUUCAAUAGUGAGUUAGGGAAACAAACUAAGACUUGCAGAUGCGCCUUCACCCUUUCCCCCAGCAGUUGGAUUUCUAGUAGUCGAGGGCCCUAAAAACUAGGGACAUUAAGAGCAGUUAAAGCUGAAAACAACCUGCUCUGUGAAUGGUCCUCCUGUACCUCCCACUCAGCACAGGCCAGUGCGUCCUCGGUGGUGGGGAGCAGGAUGUAGCGUGUCUCUGAAGUCCUCAGAGCAAGAAAGGUUCUGAUGCCACGCCAUGCGGUGACCAUAGGUCUCUCAGUGUCUGAAGGAGGCCUGGCAGGGAGACGGGCAGUAAAUGAAUAACAGCUGCAGAGUCCAGAAACUACCUGCUGCUGGGGUGAGUUUCAGUCUGAUGUUUCUCUCUAGCAGUUACUUCCAGGGCACAAACUAGUACUUUUUAUGUAAGAGUGAGUCUCUUCCCUUCCUCAUCCCAUCUUCCAGAAAGACUGCUUUAAGUCAAGAAUUCAAGUUGAGUUAGUUGUAAGAAUAGAGAUCCUUUCCCACAUUAUCAUUUUAGGUAGGAGCUAACAGCUUCCAUUGAUACUUGAAGCAGUGAUCUUUGGAGAUUUAAAAAAAUAGCACCAUAGUGCAAAUUAGGUUAUGUAAGCUUUACAGCACAGCUAGAAAUAGGGACUAGAAACCAUGUGGGAAUCUGGGCCAAAGGACUUUUCUCCCUCCAGCAAAUUCCCGUGGGGCUUGGGAAUUGGAAGAGUUAAUACACGCAAAGUGCUUUGAAUAAUACCUGGUGCCCAGAAGUUCUCGGUCAGUGUUGGCGGUUCCUGCCAUGGUUGGCUGAAGUGACAGAAGGUAUGUGAGGGAAGCGAGACUGUGCUGGCAGGUAGCUGAGAAGCAGGUGCGUGACCUACUCAGGGGAGCUGCAUUGGUUCCUUGAUGGUCGCAGGUUUCGGGUGCUUCCAGUCUUUGAGAGAGGACUCCUGGCAUCGGGGGACUAAACAGGAAACAGAGCAAAUGCUUGGUGAGCGAGGCAGUGUGGGGAGGUCGCUGCACACCCAUGCUGACUGAGAGUGCCCGUGUUUCUGCUGAGGUGGUGAAAUCAUUGGCCAGUCUGCUGCCAGGGAUUCAUAAAUCCUUGCUUUGGGAUUUAAGUGUGCUUAGAACUUCAAAAGGGCUGAGCUUAGAGUAUCAACCUGCUGAUUCCCAGUUUCCUACCAGUACAUUAAUAAGAAAAAAGAGGUGUGUGAUUUCAGCGAGGCCUGGAGCUCACUGGUGUUGGGCCGAUAGUUCUGGUAAACCACAGACCGAGGAGCCUGGGUGGCACGCUUAGAAGGCCGCUGACCCCGCCGCUCCCCUUCAUAGCAUUCCCGCAGCUUCUCUCUUCCAGUUUGCUUCACCACUUUGGAAAUAAUCUGCACUCCUCGCUACACGAGGCCUCCCCUGUUUGCUCUUCUCUCAGAAAACACAUCUGCCUCUCCAUCCUGCUCUCUUCAGCAGAAGGAAAGAUGGGUAGAUGGUGAGACGGGUGCUGUUGGUUGAAUAGCAUAGUCCUGUCCCUUUCUGCACAGGCUUCAGGCACCUCUGAGGAAGGAUGGGCGGGUGCAUCCCCAUCCGCUGGCAUGACGUAUGCUAGGUGGGGAUUACAGAUUGAGUUCUGGGAUGCUCCAAGUUUAUAAAAACUGUCGGUAGGGACUGAGCAUUACCUUUAAAGGCAAAUAAGGUAGAUCUGCGUUAUAGUCAAGACGUGCCUUCUUCUUCUUCUUCUUCUUCUUCUUCUUCUUCUUCUUCUUCUUCUUCUUUUUAAUGGUACCAGCGAUGGGAAGUGAAAGAGGAGGGGACAUGACAGCAACAGCUUCAGGGGAGGCUCCAACGGCCUCUCUCUCGCUGUCCCCCCAAAGCAAGAGGCUUUUCUUAAAUCCAAGAGGUUCCCCCAUUCCUCAGCUGUGGCCGUUUGGUGGAGUCAUUUCCUCAUUGAGCCAAGGUUGAGGGAAGGCCUUUCUUUUCUUCCUUUCUUUCUUUUUUUUUCCCCCUUGACCAAUCAGUUUUAACGUCUUCACCCCUUGGUCCUUCUAAGCAGGGUCUUGGUGAUUUGUGGCAGAAUUUUGCCAUUUGGCAUUUCUGCCAAGUGCGGCUGCCCCUCUGCGCUCUGCCCAAGCAGUGGACGGGAGACUGACCAGCAUGUCCUGGCUGGAGAUGUGUGGUCCUCACCUCUUCUGCUGCUUCUGGCCCUAGGCGGGCACGGGAUUAGCCCGGCAGGCCUGCGGACGUUCUCUCAGCGCUGCCUGUGGCCCAGUCUCUCAGCCUGUCUCGAGUCUCUGUACGGCUGGGAUGGUCUCUGCUUGCACAUGUCAGCUGAAUGUCUCCGGUAAUGGAGUUCACAGGAGCCUUCUGUUUAGGUCAUUUUGGGCUGUGGGCAGCAGUAGAUUGGAGAAGGAGCAGAAGAGAGAGAAGGAAGAAAUGCUGAAAUUACUCUCUUGCAUGUGCCGGGCACUUGGACCUUGUUCUCAAACAACCUUCUUGGAGGUGGUAUUCUCAUUCUCAGAUAAAAAAAAAUAGGCUCAGGGUUCAGGGCUGGAGUUAGGAACAAAACCCCAGUCCGUCCGAUGCCAAAGCCUCUUUCACCACACCGUGUGCGCUGUGGGUGCCGUCUGGACAAAGGGGAGGAACGUGCCAGGUGGCGGGAAGGAGGUGUGCAGGCCGUGGGCCAGGCCCAGCGGGGGCCUCACACCUCACAUGGGGUCACAGGGUCCUGAGAUCACAGGCGCCUCCUGUGCUGGAAGCCAGGCUCUCUGACUUGAGGCUGUUCUGGACCAGAUAUCCUGGCCUUUUAAAAAUAGGGCUGUUUUUUGUGAGACCAAUUGGGAAAGAUUAUAUAACUGGAAAGAUAGGCUGGAAGACUUAGGUGUGGUUGUAUAAACAAAGGAAGCCCUUGUAUUUCAAGCUUGGGUUUUUUUUUUGUUUUGUUUUUUUUUUUUUUUUCUGUUUGAAUAUCAGUGACAACUCGAGGUAUAGGUUUUCAUUUAGCUAAUGCUUCCUGCGUAUAUGUUCUGUCUGGCCUGAGAUUGGUGAUGGGGAUGUCUUAGAAGAUUUGAGCCAAGACACUCAAGGCUGGCAAGGUUCUGACUCACAGGGUAAAAGGAAGAGGGGCCUGGAGGGCCAGCAACCCAGGUUUGGGGUAGAAGUGUCGGGAGCCGUCCUCCUGUGCUGAACAGAGCUUGGGGAGUGCCGGAUUGCAGUGGCCUGUUCCGAUUGCCAGGACUUUCCCCAGACUAGGCUUCAGGGAAGGUGGCCAGCCUGAAGGUCACAGGCGGCCCUCUAGGUUGCGCUGUGCUUGGUGAGCCCUGCUGGGAUAGCUUUGAGGUCUCUGAAUUGCUGCACUUGAGCCGUUCUUCCGAACUCGGCUGAGUCUCCCGCUGCUGCAGACCAUGUCGCCAGCUCCUUUGCUAACAAUUGCCACCUGGGUCUCUGCUUAGGGAUAGGUGGGGGUGGGGAUGGAGGCAGAAUCCUCUCCAGGGAAAGACAGUCCUCCCUCACCCCAAGUCAUUGUCCUUGGCAUUUGGCCAUUUCUCUGUGCCACCUGCCGUGAUGCUGGAGGGGAGCAGGAGGAAGGAAUGGUUUUAAACCCAGGUUGCACGAGUUCCAGAGCAGUGACUUGUGUGAGGAGAGUGAGUACCUGGCCCAGCACUCGUUUAGCAGCUGUUCUUUCCCAGUGGCCGAUCUGUUUCCCACCCUGCCCCUACAGUGUGGAGAAUCGCCGGGCACGGACUGUUUUUCUUCCUGAGCAGGCAAGGCUGUCGAAGCCCAGAGAGCUCUCCAGAUCACCCAGCUUGUUUGUGGCAAAACGCUGUGGCUCCUAAUGAGUUUUUAACCACACAGAAGAAAUGACAUGUCUUCCACUGUUUUUGGAGUUAACAGAAGCCCUUUCUUGGGGACGAGAGUUGAAUUAGACAACAACUGUGGGAUCUAGAAAUGAUCUCCUUUUAUAGAUGAGGAAAUGAAGGCUUAGCCAAAAUGACUUGCCCCAAAUUAUACAGCAGUAAGCGGCUGAGCCCACCCAUUCUGCCAGCACUGUGCUCGGUACUGGUGGUUUGUCUUACUGGUCUAGACUGCUUGCCUGCCCAGUUUCCCUUCCUCUCUCUCAGGCAUUCUGCUUACCUCUCUUCCACACUUCUGGGACAUAUCCUGUGUGGUUUGAAGCAAAACAAGCAAAAACAAAUGCUCCACCUCUCGCCCUGCCCCCUGCCAUGUGGAGAAAAAAAAAAAAAAAAAGAAUCCAGACUUUGGGCUUAUUCUUUCUCUGGUUCCUUUGGAGGAACUGUCAGCUUGCCCCUGGGCUUAGGGGACUGGUUAACCUUGGGCCUGGCAGCCUAUUCUGUUAUUGUUGUUGUGCCUGUUUCCAUACCGUUUUUUGGUACCAUAACUGAACUCUGUAAUCAAGUGUAGACCAGUGAUUGCCGCUGGAGAGACCCCCAGGGGUUUGGUAGGCAGGGAGGGAUAAGCUGUUGGAAGUGUGCUUUUCGUAUUCUUCUGUGUCCAUGUUUUGGUUGUUGGCUGUCGUCUGUCCCUGCCUAGGCCUUCAUUAUCUGCUCCACCCAAAGGAGUCAUCCUCACAGUAACACGUUGCCCACAGUGCUCGGAUGCUGUGGGAUCUCACUGGACCCUUCCAUCAUGGAGAUGUUCUCAGAAGUUGCUCCGCUUUCUAACAUCUUUCAUGUCCUUGGAGGCUAUGUUAAGGGAAAUGUCGUGGACAUCAUCUAGGAGGUGAGAAACCUCUGGAAGGUGGCACCUGGGGAACUUGGGAAGGCCGAGGGCCCCUCCAAAUGAGAUUCACUGAGGCUGCUGGGGAGACCUGGGGAGAUCACGGACCUUUCCAUCAGCUAUUUUAAAGGGUUAUUUUGACUUGUACGUGACUCUAGAAGGAAGGUUAAAGACGGUUGUAGGAAAGCAGUUGGGCAGUUUGGGCAGUGUGUGCCUCCCGAGAUGGUGGGGCUGUCCUGGGAGAUUAGGUGUGAUGAGAAGCGAGGCCGGUGGUGACCAGGAAUGUUUCAGCAAGCCAGCUAUUUGCACAGUGCAGAGGGAUUUCUUCCACGGGAUGUCAGGUUCGGAUGGCACACCGAUGUGAUCGGUGACACUGCCAAGGCCACUGCUCCCCUCUUUGGCACGUGGAUUCGUUGAGAAACAUUCACUGUCAACCACUGCUUGUUUCCCAGGCUCUCCCAGCUGGAGAAAAUGUCAAGAUCUUCUGUUUAGACAGUGGAGUAGAAGGUGAAACCACUGACCGAGGUGGAGUGCACAGGAAGGGGGAGCUCAGGGGCCUGACCAGGUCAGAGCCGUCUCCUGUGGUUGGGGAAGACUCUGGCAGGCCUCCUGCUCUGUGAGGAGGCCUAGGACCUGAGCAGCUUUGACGGGAGUGGCAGAGGCUUCCCGCGGAGACUGGCAUCUGCACUGGAUGGAGGUCUGCCAGGGGGGUCAUGAAGGAGAGCUUUCCAGAAGGGGGCACAGCGUGCACAGAAAGGGCAUAGCCUUCUGGAGCAGCACGAAGGUACUUGCUGAUGGCAGCUGGUACCUGGGGCCAAGAUGGGGAAGGUGUGGGGAGGGAAGAAUGUGCUGGCAGGGCAGGAGUGGGCGAUGGGAGAGGGGCGGCAGUGUGGCAAGGGCCAUCUCUUUUGGGCUGGGAAAUGGGGGUUUGGUGGGCCCAAUUUCUCAUCAGUGGGUGGCUGUGAGCCCUCUUCUUGUGCUCUCUGGGUUAGUGGCUCUUUGGCGGUGGAUAGAGAGGUAUGCAGGCUGGCCAGUCAGUAUCUUACCCUUGCCCUGAGUUUCUGCACGUGUCUGCUCUCCUGGUCUCACCAAAGGGAGUGACAGGUACUGAGUGUUCACUCAUAUAGAGGCCCUCUGCUUUUUAAAAAAGUAACGUUUUGGUUUCUUUCCCCGGGGAGGGUCUGGAGCUCCUUGGAUUCAGCACCUACAGAACAUGGUUUUUACUUAGUGGGAAGUUGCAGAUUUGCCACACAGAGCACUUUAAAGAGAGGGGUAAAAACCAUGUAAGAUUUUGGCGUCUAGCUCAGUCCUACCACCUCUGGCUCAUCCUGGCCAGGUGGCAUAGAGCACUGAAAGGAGUCAGGGUGGGUUUCUGCACCUCUCUUAUUUAUAUAGCUCUCUUGGGGACUAAGGCUAAAGAGGCAGCUGUGGUUUCGAACCUUCAGGUCAGAGCUAUGCAAGGUUACAGGUGCACUGAGACAGUGAUCCUGUCUGCCUUUGGGGUGGCCAAGACCUGAGGGUCAAGUGUCUGCAACUUGUCUUCUUACUCCGUUGGGCCACAGAAGUAUCACUUGUGUGUCACAAUGUGGAAAUAUAUGGGAGCACUCCCUUAGACCUGGUGUCAGCAAACUUUCUGGAAAGGGCCAAACGGUAAAUCUUCCAGACAUGGCUAUUCAGCUUGGUUGUGGUCACGCAAGAGCAGCCAGAGAUGGUGCAUAAACCCAGGUGUGGCUGUGGUCCGAUAAAAUUGACUUUAAAAGAAACAAAAGAGUGGGCCUUAUUUUGCCUACCCCUGCCUUAGGCUGUAGAGACUGACCCUUUGGCUUAAUUAUGACUGGAAACUUCCUUCCAUCUGCUGCCUGGCCCAUCUACCUGAAACAGAAGGCUUCCUGAGCAUCUGUUCUGUAUGAGCACUGAGGAGGAAGGGGCAGUCCUGGCCCGUAAGGACCACAGGUUUUGGGGGGGGGGGGGGGCACUGACAGGUGAGAGCAACAUGUAGAACAGAACAGGGCUCAAGGAAGUCCAAGGUGACAGGGCCCCAAUGACAGAAGGGCUAAGGGCAAAUCAGGAGAGCCCUAGGAAGCUGCUCUGGAGAGGACACCAAGAACCGUGUAGUCACACAGGCACGUUGAGCCCAGCCUGGGCAGGGCCCUGAAUGCCAGGCUAAGGAGCGUGGGCCUCAUUCUCUGGGCCCCGGGGAGCCAGUGAGAGAUUGUGUUUAGAACAGUAAAGUGAUCACAGGUGCAUUUUAGAAACGGCACUCUGGUCAUAGAAGACCAGAGUUGUGGUUGCGGAUGGUAUCUCGGUUUUGUCCGGACGUUUUAGGCAAGAGUUGGGUUGGUGUUGCUAUGAGUAGAAAGGAGAGGUCCGGAGAAUUGGUUGUUCUCUACCGUUCUGACUUGGCGGAGUUUGAUAAGUCUUCUGUCUCCAGGCCUUUCUGUCUUGCUACCCUUUUAAAUAAGGGCAAGACAAAACCAGGAUUAGAUUCUGGCUUGGGGCCUUGAUGUGUGAGAGUAAAAGUGAGUUCCCCUUGCUCCAGAAUGGAGUUCAUGGCAGGAGAGCUUCACGGAGCAGACUCCCUUCCCGUGGGCAUGCAGCCAACACACGAAACAGGCCUUGCGAGAAGUGCAGAGGAUGGUCAGGACUCUCAAGAAGCCUACAGGCCACUGAGGCAAGAUGCCUGUAUGUGACAGGCCGAAGCCAACACUGCUCGGGUGUAUCACAGACUGCCUGAGGCCAGGCCUUCUGGCGGGUGCAUGGGGAGACGGAGGUGAGUCACUCAUGGUGCCUGCCCCAAGGUGCUCAAUGUAGUUGGGGCGACAAAAAACAACUAUAAAUGUAUAUAGUGCUUUCUAUUUCCCCAAAAUCCACAACCCCCGCCCCCCCACCCCGAGAUUUCUAGGCAGGUGGAAGGAUGCUUUUUACUGAGCCAAGGUGAGGUGUGAGGGUCGGGAGCUGCCAUGGGAGGGCCCCUGGGGACUGGAGAAAGGCCACCUAAUCUGAGUGCGUGUGCACCUGCUGUCUCAGUGAAUCCCCCACAGGCCCCUGGGAGGGGUGAGGCUGCCUGGUGCCUGCGGCUAGGAGGCGCACUGGCCUUACUGAGAGGUGGUUUCUUCGUGGUCUGCUGGCACCGGUCAGGAGUGAGGGGUCUGGUGGCUGCCCUGGCUCCCUGGGGAGCCGUGUGCCAUCCUUGCUGGGAACCAGGUGAGGGUUAUGGAAGGAAGUUUUGGUGAGGCUGUGCCUCCAGGGCAUGUUGGAUGCCCGCCUUGCUUGUCAGGCUCUCUCUGGUGGAGGGUGGGCCUCUCGGACUUUGCUGCCUGGUCUUGUCUUUUUUGGGGGUGUGGAGCGGGGGGGCUCUUGUGCUCUUAACGGUAGGUGUGGGACUUGGCCGAGGGAGGAGCACUCCUUGUGUUUUCCAUAGGUGUUUCUCCGCUCCUCAAAGGGGAAGGACAAAGGUGGGCCUGGCUGUAUGCGAGGUGUGGCCGUUAGAGGCAGCUUGGUCCUGGCCCCGGCCCUUGCCCUCUCCUCGUCCCCGAGCAUAGGCUUGAUGCCGUUUUCUUAGCGAAAUAAAUGGUCAGAAGGUUGCUUUUUUUCUUUGACUCUAACCUAAAUAUUUCUGUUGUUCUGGAAAAUCACAUUUUUUUUUUGUUCAUGGAAACUAAGGGUAGGGACAGGAGUGUUAGUGCAGAAGACUCUUUAAGUAAGGAGUCCCUUCUCCACUGGUAAUUUAUUAAGUUGCAUUUAAGUGUCCAGCCUCUCUCUCCCCUUUUCCGGGCUAAGCACCGCUCCCCACCUCGGGCUUAGGAGUUGGUCUGCUGUGUCAGGGGCAAGACGUAUUGCUCCAGAUGGGCUUGUUUCCUGGAUGUGUGUCACUGUGCCGCAUCCUUGAGCAACCUCAUCUGUGGCACUGACCCCUGAGGUAGUGACGAUGCCCACAGGAGCUUUGGAAUUCCGUGCCAGGCCAGCCCCGAUUCCCCACUUACUUCUCUCACCUUUUGUGUCAGAAGCGCUGCCAUUAGACGCAUCCGUUUCCCUGACCAGGAUGGCAUCUCACGCUCAGACCAGCCCUGGGCCAUCAGGUAGGGUUCGCACUGCACCCCUACUUCAUAGAGGGAACACUGAGAGCUACCUGUUCCCUCGCUCACUUAAUGCAGUGGUUUUUCAGCACCUGGCUGGGCUAUGGCUACGUGGGAGGUGGCUUAGCUGCCAUUUUCUGCUACCUUUCUUGGAGAGGAAGGCUUGUUUCUAGAAACUCAGCUGGGGAGCCAAACCGUAGGCAACCUCAAGGCCCCGACUAGGGCCUUAGUUUUGGCACCUCCUAGGAAUCCCAGGCAGCUGUCGCCCGUGCAGUCUCCCAACUCCAGAUGUACUUCCUCUCCUGGGGCUUGAGAAAACAAAAUGAAUGCUUGCUUGACGGGGGAGUGCUCUGCCUUUGUUCCUCUUGACUUCUAGUGAGGCACAAGCCCCUUCAUUUGGUAAAUCUUACAUACAUUAGCCCUCAGCAGUGCUUACCCCAAAGUGUUUUGUACUCAGGCCUUUCACCAGGGACCCGUCCGCUGGCCUCUUGUGCUGAACAUCUUGUCCAAGUGGCUUGUGGCUUUAGGAGAGGACAGUCUCCUGAGAGAACCCUAAUUAUUAGGGUGAGGACACUUCUGGGGGCAGUGAAGCUGAUGGGCCUGGCUCGGCCUGUUAGCUCCACAGCCCACCCACCCUGGUCUCAGUGCCAUGUGGCAUUACCAGAGAGUGGCCUGUAGGACUUGUCACCCACUCCAUGCAGAACUCCUGGUCUGGGGACGAGGCAGCUAGCUCAGAACUAAGGCCCAGAUCUAUUCGAGAGGGGCUUCUCUCAUAAAGGAGCAAGGUGGCCCUGCUCGGCCUCAGCCCCUGGGGUGGGGAGUCCAGGAGGCAUGGAGAAGGCCGAGUGUAGUUGUGGGUAGAAAACCUUUCCCUACUGCACGGUUACACACAUGACAUUGGACUCCUGGCUAUGGCUUACUCUCACUCCGGUCUGGUGAUGGCCAUGGUAGUUUUUUAGGUAUCAACUGAAAAUAUCUAUCUAUCUGUAUAUCUAUUUACUGUGUUUUGUUUUGUUUUUUUCCUGAAUACGCAAGUGUAAAUAGUAUCAUUUGCAGUGCAAAGUCCUUGGCAAUAACUUUACGUUGUGUAUCAUGUUGAAAAAUUGGCAAAUGCGACCACCAUGGAUUGUCCUUCCCGUCUGGGGCAAUGAUUACAUGUAGGACUCUGAACUUUAAACCUUCGGCGUGGUUGAAGCAGCAGCCUGCAUGUGUGGACUGUCACCAGUGCCUCGUCCAGGAUGCCUGGCCUUCAUCCAAAGGGACUCUCUGCCGCCCCAGCGCCCACACUGUGGCUCCUUCGCACUGACUAUGUCGGACUCUGCCGUAGACUGGUCCUCUUGUCUGGCUGCUGCAGUCUGUCUGUAAUGCCCUGACAUGUUGCAUUCUCCCCAUUUGGAUGAAUAAAAAUAAAAGCUUCUGUCUUCAACAGCA